AUGGAAGCCGCAAUCUUGAGUUCCAUAGAUGAACACUUUGAAAUACAUGAAGGCAUAGUAAGUCAUUUCAAUGUGUCAACUGAGCACGAAUCCAGGCAUCCUACAAGUCCUUGUCAAUAUCUUUUGGUUGGAGCCUACAAGAAUCCCAGAAGUGAGUUUAUUUUCAAGACGUCGCAAGAUGGUCUGAAAAACGCCACCAGUUUUGUUUAUUCCCUGCACAAAAAGGAGACAGCGAACUCGAAUGCCUUAGCCUGUUUCGACAAAACCCUUGAUCACGACCUCGUUGCGCACAAAGAGCUCUUGGCGUUCCCAUGGGAACCAUGCAAGGCCGUUAAGCAGUCACCUGAAGCCAAGCCGUCACCAAAGGUGUCACCGACGAAGACCUCAGUGGUGUCUUCUUCAACGACACGAACUGCUGCCCCCAUUAGCAAACGGCAGUCAGUCAAACGUCCGGCCAAGUCCGCGAACCAGUCCAGUCUCGUAUUCAACGCCAAGAAAACCGAACCAGCCAAGCCAGUCGUCAAGGCGCCUGUGGAUCCCGAGCCCAUUCAUGACCCCUUCGCAGACUCGGAAGACGAUGAUGUUGACGACGACGACGAGGGCGCCAAGGAAAAUAGCCCCUUCGCAGGACUGACCUCCCGACGACGGCGACUUGUCUUCUCCUCGGAUGAUGAUGACGACGACGAGGAAGAAGAAGACGGAAAAAGGAGGGUUGUGGACCAACCUCUCAUAUCAUCGCCUUCGCCGAGAAAGAAAACCUCCAAGAUCGUCCCGAAAAAGGAUGCCAAGUGUCUCCCGUCUGCAAACUACAAGUCACCCAAACGCAAGGCCAAAUCGCCCAGAAAGCCAACCCCCGGGGCGUCGCUUAGCCCCCCGAAGAAGGCCAAGGCGGCAGGCGAGAAUGCGGUGGAGGCGUCCGCAGCGAAGGCACUCAGACCGCCUGAACGACCUCCUGCUCCAGGCGGCGGUGGCCGUCGACGCCAGGUUACAAAGACUUUCGUGGACGACGAGGGCUUCUUGAGUACGUUUGCUCCUUGUCAAGAACUUCCCGUCUGA